AUGCUAUCCCUGGCCUCUCUGUUUUCCGCCCUUCUCGUCUUCUUUAGCCUCAUCACCUCAGAUGCACAUCCCAGUACGCCAGUACGUCCAAAUGUCCCGGAAGACGGUGAGGAUAGUCAAACCGAUUUUGCGGAGGCUUCUGCAGAUGUUGCAGGGAACUACGCACAGACGGCAGAAGGCACCAGUUCGGCAAUAGCCCUCCCCCCUAAAUACUCCGACGAUGACAAUGUUCUGGCGGCAGCGUGA